AGAACACGUCAUAUGAGGGAGAAGCGCUCCAAAAAUGUACUGAGACACACGCCACAAGCACCAAACCAUGGAGGCUACGGAGUCUGCAGGAAAUCCCUACAGUUUUGAAGAUUAGAAUUAGAAUUCUAUUUAUAAUUUUCGUAGGCUUCGCUUAUGGUGGACUACAAGAUGGGCAUGAUACUACCCUCUUUGUGAAGAGGAUGAGAGAAGCUGAAGACCAUUUGUUAAGUGGGUGAUAAUGCGGGAUCACAAGUCCAGUGCUAAUGUGGAGAACCUGCUGAGGGAGUCUCAGAUGGAGUUACAGUGGAUCCAGAGACAGCUCGCCAUGAUUGCUGCCAGAAACUUGCACCAUCACCACCUGCACAGCAAGGGCAAGUCAAGAUAUGAUGUUUCAUCUCAGCAAGCUACAGGCCACUCCACUGUCUACCAUGCAAGCCGCUUUCGACUGCUGGAGGAGAGGAACCGAGCUCUAAAGCUUGAAGUAACCACACUUCGCCAGGAGAAACAGCAGUAUAAGAAAGUGAAAGCAAAGCUCCAUGCUGCCUUGCAGGAGAAAAAUCGUUUGAACCUUGAGUUGAUCAACCACCAUCUGAAGGCAUCCAAGUAUGACCAGGUGCAAUCCGACUAUGAUCGGCUGAGACAGACUUUUGCUGUAGUGAGUCAGGAGAGAGACGUGGCCCAGGAGCAGAGGAGCCAACUCCAGGACAAAGUGGAUAACCUGGAACACGUUUUAAAGCAUAUGCAUGAGGCUGUAGAGCUAAAGCAACAGUUGCAGACAGAGCAUGAGCAAGCCUUGGUGGCCCUUCAUACCAAGCAGAAGGAGAUCAAUCAAUUGCAAAAGGCUUGGGUUCAAACUGACCAAGAGCAUGAGGAAGCAGUACACCUGUUAGAGGUCAAGGUUCGUGACCUGGAGCAGGAAUGCCGGUCACACAGUGAACACUUUCACCAGCUGUCCAAAGAGCUGCUGAAUUUCCGCCUGCAGUCGGAACCUGUGAAUAUCCCUAAAAGUAAUACCACCUCUGCAUCCCAGAUCCCGCCCUCACCACAGAAGAAACUCUCGCAGGUCAGAUUCGAAGCCCAACCAGAGACAGGUGAUGACAGUGCGGCAGACACGCCGCUGCUGAUAUCCCAGUUCUUGCCCUGCUCACCGCAGACUGGAGACGGAGAACCACCAGAACUGCUGUCUGUCAAAUCCAGCACCGUGACAACGGACCACCCCAUCCACCCCCGACAGUUUCCCUCAUCAGAGAUGGAGGAUGAGGCCAGCCCAUCACCCAGGUCCAAAUCUCGCUACACAGGCCAGGUCCGCCUUUGCACUGCCCGUUAUAGUUAUAACCCUUACGAUGGACCAAAUGAGCAUCCUGAAGCAGAACUCCCCCUUGUGGCUGGAAAGUAUCUGUAUGUGUAUGGAAACAUGGAUGACGAUGGCUUCUAUGAAGGGGAGCUGCUGGAUGGCCAAAGAGGACUUGUUCCUUCCAACUUUGUGGAGUUUGUCCAGGACAAGGAAAAACCAGGCAUUCAGGCUGGAGACGCAGGGGAAGAUCUCGGCUCACUUGAGCACACAUCCCUAGCCUUGAUGGCUGUGGAUGGAGGUGCCUCCCAGGAUGGCCUUCUGAGCUCAGCAAACGCCUUGGUUCCCUGUAGCAAUGGGACAGGUGGGGCCUUGGAUCCUGAGGACCUGGCAGAAGACGUUGUGCCUUACCCCAGAAAGAUCACCUUGAUCAAGCAGCUGGCACGGAGUGUCAUCGUGGCCUGGGAGCCUCCACUAGUGCCUUUGGGCUGGGGGAACAUCUCUAGCUACAAUGUGUUAGUAGAUGGGGAGCUUCAUGCCAAUAUACCAUACGGUGGUCGGACCAAGUGUUUGCUGGAGAAGCUGGACCUGGACGGCUGCGUCCACCGUGUGUCAGUGCAGAGCGUCACAGACCGGGGCCUGUCAGAUGAGCUGCGCUGCACCUUGCUGGUGGGAGCCAAUGUGGUGGUGGCGCCGUGCGGCCUGCGCGUCGAUGACAUUCAGCGUGACACUGCCGAGCUCUCUUGGUUGCCUAGCAACAGCAACUAUGCUCACACUGUGUUCUUAGACGGGGUAGAGCACGCAGCGGUAAAACCGGGAAGGUAUAGACUACGGUUCCACAACCUGAAGCCCCUGACAGUUUACAAAGUGACGGUGGUGGCGCAGCCCCACCAGGUGCCGUGGCAACUGCCGCUGGAGCAGAGAGAGAGGAAGGAAGCCGGCGUGGAGUUCUGCACUCAGGCAGCAGGUCCAACACCAUUUUGCAGAACAGGGCCUCCGCUGCCACCCCACGAUGUUCAGGUGCUCUGUGGGCAGGCUCCAGGGGUCUUGCAAGUCUGCUGGAAGCCCCCCCUCCUCUCUCCCACAGGCACAUCCAAUGGGGCAAAUGUCAUUGGUUACGCAGUCUGCACUAAAGGGCAGAGGAUAGCUGAGGUGCUGUUCCCUAUGGCAGACUAUGUUACGGUUGAACUGACAAGGAUUCAAUGCCUCGAGGCCAGGGAGGUCAUCGUUAGGACACUGUCGGUCCAGGGAGAAUCCCAGGACUCUCAAGUUGCUGUCAUUCCAAACAACCUGCUUGUGCCUCUACCUCCGCUUCCCCUGCCACCACCAGUGCAUCCUCACGUGGGCCCCCCUCCACACCCCCAUGCUCAACCUCUCCUCCAAUCCCCUCACCUUCCUCAUCCCACACCCCAACUUCCCGCUCCACCACAUGGACAACAACUGCCGCCCCGUCCUCCACAUGCUCAACCCCAUCCCAGACUCCCCCAUCAAGGUGGACCCCCGCAACCCCAGCUUCGUCCUCCCCAUCCCCAGCCGCAGCCCUUGCAUCUUCAGCCUCGUCCACCCCACCAAGGUCCCAGGCCACAGCACCAACUGCCUCUGCUGCCCCACCCCCAACCCCAACCCCACCUUAUACCUCUGAGACCAGUAAGUGCCAGAGACCUGGAUGCCAAAGACCAUGCGGCCCAUCACGGGGGAGCUAUUCUACCUGGCCAACCUGGCUGGGACCCUACACGCUCUCCUUCUGUCCAGCUUCCAGUGCCCAUGCAAGGCCACACCCUUGAAGCCCCAUCACCUGCCAAUCCACGGUCUCCCUCACCCCAGAGGAUUCUUCCUCAGCCCAGAGGCACGCUUAUCCCGGACACUGUGGCCAAAGCUAUUGCUCGAGAAGCAGCUCAGAGGGUGGCAGCAGAAAGCGGAAAGGGUGACAGAAGGCAGGGCAGAUAUGGAGAACAGGGUCAUUCAUUUCACCAGCAUCACUCUGAUGAGGAAGAGGAAGACGAGGAAGGGUUUGCUCGCGGUCGACGGAGAGGACCCUCGGUUGACGAGUUCCUCAGAGGCUCUGAGCUGGGGAGGCCGCCUCACUAUAGUCACAAUGAAGAUUAUCACAGCGAAAGCAGCCGGGGCUCUGACCUGUCUGACAUCAUGGAAGAGGAUGAGGAGGAACUGUACUCUGAGAUGAAGCUGGAAGAGGGACGUCGACGCAACUCGCACAACACACCCAAGACAACAACCCCUGUUGGAGGCCGCCAUGAUCGGGAUAGUGGGAGACGAGCGCAUCACGGCGGUCCCCAGCCUCAGAGACGACCCCUGAUGGUCCCCUCCAUUGAUGGCUACAGGGAUCGGGAUCGCCGCUCUCCCACAUACUAUGAUGAGUCAGAGCCAGAGGAGCCCUUUAGGAUCUUUGUGGCUCUCUUUGACUACGAUCCUCUGUCCAUGUCCCCAAACCCGGAUGCUGCUGAUGAAGAGCUGCCCUUCAAAGAGGGGCAGAUCAUUAGGGUGUAUGGGGAUAAAGAUACUGAUGGGUUUUACAGAGGUGAAGUGAAGGGCAGGAUGGGUCUGAUCCCCUGUAACAUGGUGUCAGAGAUACGAGCAGACGAUGAGGACACCAUGGACCAGCUCAUCAAACAGGGCUUUCUGCCGCUCAGCACACCUGUGGAUAGAAUAGAGCAGAACAGAAGAGGCCUGCGUCGAGAUCAGGCCUCCAGGAGGAUGGUGGCUCUGUACGACUACGACCCCAGGGAGAGCUCUCCUAAUGUUGAUGUUGAGGCUGAACUCACGUUUUGCGCUGGUGACAUCAUUGCUGUGUUUGGUGACAUUGAUGAAGAUGGUUUCUAUUAUGGUGAGAUCAAUGGCCACCGUGGUUUGGUUCCCUCUAACUUCCUGGAAGAAGUGCCUGAUGACGUGGAGGUUUAUCUGACUGAUACUCCAUCCCACUACCCCCAGGAAGAGCCCGCCAACCGGCCUCCUGCCAACUCCAUCCCCGCUGUCUCAGAGAGCAAACGGGCUACCACAGAAACUACCGAAGCCGUCAACAAUGACACCACACCCGUCCGGGCGCCAUCCCCGAUUGUUCGCCCCCUCCUCCCUGGAACCAUGAGGCCCCUCAGCCCUACAAGGGGUCCUCACGUCCCAGUGGACCCCCGGGACUCUCAAGAUCUGGCAAACAAGAAGAAGAAAGGACUGCUUUCCAAGGGAAAGAAACUCCUGAAGAAACUCUCCCCUGUGAAAUAAAAGAACACAGAAAGAAAAUUAAUGUACAGUAAGUGCUCAUGCUGGGCUCGGUGUAUUGCAUUCAUACAAUCAACUCUGAUCUAACAACACAUGACAGAGAGGAUGUGAGCUGUGUCUCCUUGAGCCUAUUUCAGUGCAGUGAUAUAUAUAUAUAAAAAAAGGUGACAGAUGGCCACAAAUCGAUUAUGUACAGUGCAGUGCCAAAAUCAAGAGCGAGGUCACUUGCAGACACAAAAUCGUGUAACUAUGAUGUAUUUUAAAUCAAGGGGGUGAUUAAAAAAAACAAAAGCAAACUAGGAUUUUCAUGACAUGUAUUUCUUCUGUUUUUGUUAUCAUUAGGCAAAAGUAAUUCUUACAUUUUUUAAGCAGGAUAUCAAAGCAUCUGGUUAUAAAACUUUCCAAAAGACUUUUCUCAGCAAAAAUAAUAAUAAAAAAAAAUAAUAAAAUGUUUUAAAAAAAUGGAGUUUUGAUGUCACUACAAGGGAACAGACACCAUACUCCUCCAAGAAAAUCUCAAAAAGACUACACUGUUAUUGAGGCAUUGUGUGAAGUAAUGCUGGCUGCUAAAAUAUUACAAAAUCCUUUAUUCAGUGCAAUAUCAUAGAGAGAUGGUAGCAUAUGUGGGAACAAGAUUUCCACUUGUACCUGUGAUUCAGCAGAGAGGAUUUUUUUUUCUGAGAUGAAAGGAAUUUGCAAGAGAAGAACUGAUUGGCAACAGGGCAUUAACGUCAGAAACACCAGGCAAGUUUAGCUGUCUCAGUGGCCUUUAUGAAACAAUAUGAGCACGACAUUCCUAGUUUGAUUGCAAGGUUGACUUAACUCCAGGGUUUUUUUUCAUGACGAGCUGCUUGUGCUUUGUCAUUUUUGAGAAUUAAACAAAGAGCGGUAAUGUUUGUUGUCAUCGCUGUCAAACUGUCAUGAAACGCCUAGUUCAAGACGAAAUUUUGUGUUUAUCUUCCUAUUGCACAAAAGGUGGGUGUUUUGUCGGACGACUGGUAAACGAUAUAUUUUGUGUGCCUGUGUGUGUGUGUGCGUGUAUACUACAUGUAUGUAUGUGAUGCAUUCAUAUUUUGCACCUUUCAUGUUUGCUGUUCACUUGCUUUAUCUUUUUUUUUCUGAAGGAGAGGCCAUGUAAUUGUUGGUCCUGUGAUCUCGUGGUGUGCUGCUACCUCCAUUGGCUGUGCAUUGUUUAGCUUACGUGAUGUUCACUGGUGUUCAAAGACAGUGGAUCGCCACAAAAUGUCACAUUUAUAACCCAGAUGUGAAUGAUGUUAUUAUUAGCUUGCUAACACAAUCGUUGAUAGUAAAAGCAAAGCUAGUUAUUAUUAGACAAGUGCAGUUAAACUUUUCAAAAUGUACAUUUGCAACCUUAUAGACAGGUGAGGACAGAAUUAUUAGUCUCCUAUGAAAGAUGCCACUUUUUUAAAAAAAAAUUUUUUUUAAAAAAGUGCUGUUAAACAUGGCAAGAAAUUUUUAACACAGCUUUUCCAAACAUCCAGGUUUUAUUUUGUAUGCUUACAUUACAUUUACUUUGCACACAGAAACAAAAUUAUGUCACAAAAACUAACAGGGUCAAAAUUAUUAGCCCCUCUGAUGCUAAUAGUCAGGUGUAUUUCUUUUUUGCAGUUUUAGCUGUAGUUUUCAACAAGUCUCACAAAUGUCUCCUGUGCAACACGAGCCUUUUUUUCUUUGGCAAAUCUCUCCAGUUCCUCCAGAUCUCACAAUAGAUUUUCAGGGGGGUUCAAGUCAAGGCUUUGACAGGCCAGUCAAUAACUUUCACUUUGGUCUUCAGGAGGGGGUUCUUCACCAGGAGUGAUGUAUGUUUUGGGUUAUUGUCCUGUUGGAAGACCAAGGAACGACUCAGACCCAGUGUUGCUGUUGAAUGCUUGAGGUUUUGUUCAAAGUCUCGAUGAUGAGAUUCCCAUCUCCAGACACAUUGAAGCAUCCCCACAGCAUAGUACUCCCACCACUGUGUUUCACCAUGGGAACAGUCUUCUUUGAGUUGUUCACCUUGUCCUAUGCAUAGUUCAGUCUUGUUUGAAGAUGUCUUUUGCAAUGAAGUGGAGUUUUUCUUGGUUUGCAACAUCGCAGUUCAUCCCUGUGCAGAGUUCUAGUGACUGGCUUCUUUGACUUGGCUAAGUCAUUCACUGUGGUCUUUAGAUGCACCUCUCACUGUUUUUCUUUCCAGGGUUUUUAAAAUCUUUCACUUCCUUCAGUAUCUCUGCUGUGUUUCUUUGUUUUGUCGGUCUUUGAAUUUCUCGGUCCAAUUCUUGACACUUGGAAACGCUGUGAUAACUUCGUAUAUCCAUCUCCUGCUUCGUGAGCAUCAACGAUUCUUUUUCUUGAGUCUAAACUGAUUUUUUGGUUUUAGCGUGAUGCUUUUUCAAGUGACAGCUCGAAAUUUUGCUGAAGUUUUCAUACAAUGAGUAAAUUGGAAGACAACCCUUCCAAUAAGUCAAUAAGAAGAAGAUACGUUAUUUUAAGCUUGCAAAUAAUAUCCACCCUGGUCAUUUCUGUUUUCUGAAAUAAUUCUGUUAUUGUGGGCAAAUAGAAAUAAUGUAUGCUUUCUUAAGAAAACUAGUAUGUUUAGAAACAGUAUGUUGAAAAUCUCUUGCUCUGUUAAAAAACAACUUGGGAACAUUUUGACAGAAACUUUACAUUUUAUAAGGGAGGCAAUAGUUUUGCCCUCAUCUGUAGCAGCCCAUCGCUGUAGUUGAUUAACUUGUGUUCAAACACAAAUUAUGACUCAAGUUUACAGAUUUUUGUUUUUCAGGCAACUGUAGAUGCCACAAAAUGCCAACAUUUCUGAUUAAGGUUUGGGUGAUGCACUUUCUUUUGAAACCAGUGAGGGCCAUGUUCAUAAAGCCUCAUAAAAACUGGAAAUCAAAAUGUUAAGAUGUGCAUUGUUCUCUGGUUUUGUUACAUCUACCUGCUGUCUGUGGAGAGAAAUAUGAACUUAAGUUCACAUUUUGUAUCAUGACCUGUACUUUCAUUAUAUAAAGAACUAUACUGUGCUGAAUCAAUAUGUUAGCUAAUAUGCAGCUAUUAUAUAAGAGGAUAUGGUACAUAAUAGAUUUUUACUUUAUUCCCAUGAUAUUAAAUUAUAUAAAAAACAAGUAUGAAGUGAUUCCACUUAACACAGUCAAGAUUUUAUUGUUUUUUCGUUUGUUUGUUGACUCUCUGAAUGUUUAAUAUGUUUAAUCAAGUCCUCAAAAGCAAAUUUAGUUGCACAAUGCCACUGAAAGAUUGCCACCAUUAAAGUAUGAUCAGAUCAGCAGAAGCUUAAUAUCCUGCAGAUUGUUGAGCCGACUGUCUAAUUAGUCAGUUUCUUAUUCAAUGAAUUCUUAGUGUUAAUGCUGCACAAACAACAGACCAGGCUUCACAGAGGGAGAAAAAUAUAAUAGAAUCAGAAGCUGAGUUUUGUGUGUUAUUGGUGAAACUGAAUGCCAGACAGUUCAUUUUCUUUCUCUUCUCUUUUUAGUAGUUUGAAAGUGGCUUCCUGGGUUUAAAUUAUAUCCUUUGGUGGUGUGGAUAUCCUCUUUGAUGGGGAAAAUGUAGCUUAGCAAGCUGAACAAAUUCAAAAUGAAACUGUUGCAAUGAAGGAAAAAAAGGAAGAAAACACAUCUUGUGCUUGCAAACACAAAUUUAUUUGACUUUUUAUGGGCGAGACCAUUUUUUCUGGGUUUUGUCUUUUAAACAUUUAAGCGUUUCCAUAUAUUUCUUAUGCUCAAACUGGCUGCUGUAAUGAGAUCCAUCCCCCAGAAAUUGACUAGCUUUAAAUGGCAACCCACUGUUUUACUUUUCAAGGUGACAGACGUGUGUUAAUUUGACAACAUUAUUGAAAUAAAGUCUUAAAAAUGAACUUGAAUUAUUGAAAGAAAAACCCCACUUCAUCUAUAAGCAUUCUGUGUGCUUUGGAGAGGAUUACUGGAGCUCACAAACAUAAUUACUACCUGGCAUAGCUUUAAAAAAAAGGAAAAAAAAGUUUCUAUUAUUAUAUUUAGUUAUAAACAUUUAUUAUAUCCUAAUCAUCUUCCGUGUUCCUUAUGUGAAGUUGCAUCUAACAGAUGAGCCGGAUGUGGGUUUGUUUUGUGGCACAGGGUUCCUUCAUUCGUGAAUAUUGCUGAGGGCAUGCAAAGACAUGAGAGGUUAGCCAAAGUGGAAUUUAGGCUGGCAAUCAGUUUACAUUUCAUUAUUUUCCAAAGCUGUUUAUGUAUAGUUUCACUUUCAGUCUUUCACAAUGUUGAAAUUGUAUGGUGUUCCAAUACCAAAUCAUUCACUUGUGAAUGGGCGUAGUGUUUCGAAACGCUGUAGCUCUUUUGUACUUCGAUUCAUUUGUAGAUAAUUUGUAAAUGUUUCUACUUGAUUUUACGACAGCCUUUUUUUUCAGUGCACUGAGAUUUCCUCUCAUUGUAAAAAAACAAACAAAAAAAACUGCAAGCAUUCUCCAUAGUGUCCUUUGAAAUCACAUGUAUAAGCCCACCGUAUGUGCUUGCUUUGUGAAUCAAGAUAAAACAAAAACAACAAAUCAACAAAUCAACAAAAAAGAAGAAGAAAAAGAAAUCACUGGACAGUAUUUAUGGUGAUUAACUAUGUGUGGGUGUGCAUGUGAAAAAUACAACUUUUAUAACCAAA